CAAAGGCAAACCAUUGCAGAGACAUGCUGAGUAGUCUGAUUAAAUGGACCAAAACAAUUGAGAGAGCAUACAAAAGAGCCUAUCCAUUGUCUGAUUUCCCAACCCAAGCUAUUUCCAGUGUACAGAACAGAUGGAGGGGCUAAGAACAGUGCUUUUGGAUACAACUGGGUCAUGCAGGUAGUCCAUUAAGACUUGGCCUGCAUCCAGUAUAGACAUAUGAUGCUUUACUGGAUCUGCACCACAAAGAUGGCUUUCUGGGUAAAUCUUUGUCCACUCCUGGUAUUGAUUCUCCUGCACAACUUAUCUGUCUGGUAGUUUGCGCAAUAAAAAGAUAGGACUGUGGUUAAAUGUUUAAAACAGUUACAUGUUUACAGCACGAGAACUUCAGGAAACAACAGACUGAGAAAAUAAAGGACCAAGAAGUCAGUUCCAAGGUGUAUUUCCUGAAGCAGACAGUCAGUAACUCCUGUGGGACGAUUGGUCUGAUACAUGCAGUUGCUAAUAAUAAAGACAAGCUGAAGCUUGAUGAGGGGUCUGCCCUGAAGAAGUUUCUUGAUGAAACGGCUGACAUGUCUCCUGAAGAGAGAGCUAAGCAUUUUGCAAAUAAUAAGGCUAUACAAGAAGUCCACAAUUCGGUUGCACAAGAAGGACAAUGUCGGGUUGAGGACAACAGUGUGAACUUCCACUUCAUCCUGUUUGUCAAUGUGGAUGGACAUCUCUAUGAGUUGGAUGGGCGUAUGCCAUUUCCUGUAAACCAUGGCACAAGCUCAGAUGACUUGCUAUUGAAGGAUUCUGCUAAAAUCUGCAGGCAAUUUACAGAACGUGAAAAAGGAGAGGUUCGUUUUUCUGCUGUGGCUUUCUGCAAGUCUGCCUGAGAUUCUGAAGAGAUGCAAGGAAAGCAGUCUAAUAGCACACCAGUAAACGCAGUUAAACUCCAGUGCUUCAGUACUUGUUAAACACAGCUGUUCUGGUAACUUAAAUUCCACCUUUUGCUAUACACAGGAGCAACAUCAGCUGAGCUUAUGUUAAAGAAUGAGCUCAAGUUUUAAUGUGAACAGUUUGGACACAUCAGAUGUCUUUAGACUUUUUUCACAUGUUAAGUAGAAAAUGCUUAACGGGGCUUGUUUAAUCUGUGUUAUGUUAAUUGAGCUGUUGGUUGAUAUUUCCUUGUCCUUAAUGAGAAUAAAAUGUUCUGCUGGAAGACUAAA